GGUUCCGAGGCUGGGCGGGCGCUAGGAAGCGGGGCAGUACCCUGACCACCAGCCUGCAGCAAGUCCUGGAUUCUAUCCUCCCUGGGUGGCCCCAGCGGGACUCCAACUACACGUGUGGAGGUGGGUGGUAAUUUGCCUCGUUAGGCUGGCCGGGGGAGGAGGGUCUCCAGCACAGUGCUGGAAACCCUGCUUCGGCCGCAAUGACUGACGCGGCCACCCGUGGGGCUAGAGGUGCCUGACGCAGGGAGCCCCGUGCGCUGCAGACCAGCACCCUGGGUGCCAGAGGCCAGGAUACCCCAUGACGUGAGUUUCUGGCAUCCUCAGCUGGCUCAGCGAAGGGCCCUCCGGGAGCCCUCUGUCCCCAGGAGAGUAGGUCAGCUUUGCUCUGGACCUGGCACGGCCCUGCUCAGCCAGCAUCCACGCACGACUGGGUUCUUGGUGCUGACCCUGCCUCGGCAGGGCUGCUUUGCUUCCUCCUGGGGUGUAGCUGGAAUAUAGGGCCUGGGACCUGAAACCCCUGCUUCCCAGGACAGCCUGCAGCGGGUGACGCCUAGAGGGGUACUCCUGUUGUCCCCAUCCACUGUGCCCUGGCACCGGCCACCCCGCAGGGCGAGGCUGCUCGUGCAAACAGGGAGCCCCUCCCUAGUCUACAGCCUGUCCUUCGCAGAUAUCCGUACUCUAGCAAUGCCAUCCCAUGGGUCAGUGGGGCGCCCGCUCCGUUCUGCUCUCCCCGUCUCUAGAGAAGGAGGGGGCUGGGGUCAGCUGGGCCAGGAAAAUUGGAGGCUAGGAGAGCCUGAGGCUGUCCUGAGAGGAGACAGUCCUACAGGUUAAGGCAGGGAUCAUCGAGUCUGACCUGUCUAUCCCAGGCCAGCUCCUGCACUCUAAGCCCAACCAGAGCUAGACCAAAGUGUUACAGAACCCACCUGGGGCAGGGAGCAGGCAGAUCGUCAGCAGCUGCGCACCUUACCUGGGGAACUCUCCGCCACAAGGUCCAGUGAGAGUGUCCAGGUGACUCCGUCUGUGUCGGAGCAUAGCCAGCCGCUAACAGACGGGGCUGGGGAGGAAUUGUGCCUUCCUAGGUGGCCGCUGGUUCUGGCCAUGGGUGGAGCUGGGGGGCUGGGCCAGCAACAUUAACACACCUGGCUGAGCCACCUGCUUGUUAUUGACCUCUCCCCCUCUCCGCUUCCCGAAACGGCGCGGGCCCAGGGUGGUCGGAGGCGGAGAUGAGGAGCCUGCUCUCGGUCUGGAAGGGCGUAGCAGGCCGGGCGGCGCAUGGCCUGCGGCUGGCCCGGGAGAUGUCCCGGGGGCUCGUGGGAGCAGGAGUCAGGCGAUCGCCCCGGCAGUGCUGUAUGAAGGCCAAUGCCAUGAUGAAGCAGUACUUCGACCGCCGGGGCAGGGCAGGGCGGGGCCGCUGCCCGUUCUGUCCAGGAGCUGCAUGCCAUCCUUGGGAGCCAGGUCACCAAGCCGAUGUGUGACUGGGAGCACCCCAGCCACUCCCCACGCUGCGAGGGCAAUGCCGGCUCUCUCACGGAGGAGGAGUCUGACAGUGGAGAAGCAGAAGACCAGGAGAUGUUUCUAGCAGGCCUGGAGGGUGACCCCGUGAGAAUGAGCAGCACCCCAGCGCCCUGCUUAGAGGCGCCCCCCGUCCUCCCAGCCUCCCCCGAUGGUACCAUGUCAGCCGGCCUGAAGAGGAAGGACCCGGAGCACCCCGUCCUGCGGCUGCUGAAGAAGCCGCGAGGGGAAGCCCUUCACGCUGGCAUGCAGCCCUUGGCACCACCCCAGGGGAGUGACGGGCCAGGCGGUUACCUUGAUCCAUGCCCACUCGCUUCCAUCCCACCCACGCCGCCCUCCCACCGCCAGCCAGCCCCACCCCUCCUGCCCCUGUCCCAGCCAGCGGGGCCCCAGCAGGUACUUUCACUGCAUUGCCCGCAGGCCCCACCUCCCUGGUGCCCCACUGAGCCAGUGUCUCACCCGCAGGCCCCACCCCUCCAGCUCCCAUCCCUCCCCCUGCAGCCCUGGCACACCCCUCCACUGCAGCCCCCAUCUCUCCAGCUCCCGUCCUCCCCCACCCACUGGCCACAGGCCCCUCUGCUGCACCACCAGUCCACCCCCUUGGUCCUGCUCCCAGCCUGGCCAAGGCGCUGCUCUGGCUGGGGGUGCAACUGCGGAGAUGGGGCCUGCCAGUGCUGCCAACAAGCCCUUCCCGUGCAUCCUGAGUGCACGUGGCUGCUCCCAGUCCUGUCCCAGCCACCCCCGCCGCUGCAGCAGCCUCUGGCCUCGCCUCUCCAGUAUCCGUCCCCUCCACGGCCCUGCCAGCUGGCCCGGUCUCCCCCGCUGCCCCAGCCCAGGCCUGCCUCCCCCCCAGCCCUUCUCGACAGCCGCCCCUUGCUGCAGGCUCUCUGCUGGUCCCUCACUACCACUGCACUGGCCUGAUGCUCAGGGGCCGGCUCGCAGGCUGUAAUCCAGCCCUGUGCCAGGGCAUUGCCCACCACAGGCAGCCAGGGGCCGUGCUUUGCAUCCCUCCAGACCUGCUCACUGCCAGCCUGGCCCCUGGCCCUGCUCAGGACCCCUGGGCUUUAGGUGCAGCAGUGCCCCUGGCCCUGGAGGCUUUUGUGGGGGGAAGGGGCUCUUGGAGCUGGCUCUGUGCCUAG